GUUAUCGAUGACGAUUCGAAGUUGGCAAUCUCAUUGGAUGUCUCAAAAUUCAAACCAGAUGAGCUGAAAGUGAACAUCAAUGGGCGAACCCUGACUGUUGAAGGUAUGCAGGAAGUAAAGGAAGGCUCGAGUUUUACUGCCAGGUCAUUCUUCCGCCAAUGUUCUGUUCCAGAAGAUGUGGACGUCGGGCAGAUUCGAUCCACCCUUUCUAAGGAUGGACAUUUGACUAUAGAGGCACCAAAGCUCAAACCAGCUAUCAGCGAUAGGAGCAUUCCGAUUGAGGAGCCCAAUGAUCAGUAG